AUGGAUACUCCAGAGUUGACUGAAUAUGAAUCUGCACCAAGUAUUCGUGUCCAUAAACGUGAGACGAAGCACAGAAUAUUUGUCAACCGGAGCUUGCAGCUAGACAAGAUAAAGUUUUUUGGAUUUGACAUGGAUUACACUCUAGCACAGUAUAAAUCACCACAAUAUGAAGAGCUUGCAUUUAAUAUUAUAAAAAACCGUCUGAUAAAACUUGGCUAUCCUCCGAAAACUUCUGAUUUUGUUUACGAUCCUUCAUUCCCACUGAGAGGCCUAUGGUUUGAUCGGCUUUAUGGUACUCUGUUAAAAAUGGAUCAGUUUGGCAAUAUUCUUUCAUGUUUACGUGGAUUUAAUUUUAUCCAAAGAGAAGAACUUCGAACAAUGUAUCCAAAUAAGUUUGUAAAGUACGACGAAAAACGAAUCGAAAUAAUGAACACUUUAUUCAGUCUUCCAGAGACCUACAUACUCUCAUGUAUAAUUCAUAUGUUCGUCAACGAUCCUGAUUAUAUAAAAGUGGAGCAUGGCGUCAAAAAAGGCUCUCUGUAUAUGUCAUACGCUUCAAUUUAUGAAGAUGUGAGGACCGCUUGUGAUUGGAUGCAUAGAGGAGAACUAAAACAGCGUACUUUGGCAAAUAUUAGUGAAUAUGUUGAAAGAGAUCCACGUUUAUGUACUUUGUUAGAUCGGCUACGAGUGAAUGGUGCAAAAGUGUUUUUGUUAACGAACAGUGACUUCGAAUACUCUCAUGCAAUUAUGAGCUUCAUUCUGGGAGGUCCAAGACCUGAUGGUACAAUUCGUAAAUGGACAAGUUAUUUUGAUUACAUUGUAACUGACGCAAGAAAACCAGCAUUCUUUCAAGAAGGAACAAUUUUAAGAGUUGUUUGUCAAGAAACUGGCCAACCUAGUAUUGGUCAUCAUAUGGGUCCCUUAGAAACUGGUCAAAUAUAUUCCGGAGGAUCAUGUGAAGUUUUUUCUAAUUUAAUUGGUGCUCGUGGUAAAGAUGUUUUAUAUGUUGGUGAUCAUGUUUAUGGUGAUAUAUUAAAAUCGAAAAAAACUGUCGGUUGGAGAACAUAUUUAAUUAUACCAGAAUUAGCAAAUGAAAUUUAUGUUUGGAAAAAAAAGAAAUCAUUAUUUGAUGAAUUACAAAAAAUUGAUAAUAAUUUAGAAACAAUUUAUCGUGACUUAAAUAUCUCAUCGAAUAUAAGACCGGAUGUUGGAAGUUUACAGAGAAAAAUUCGGGCUGUGGCUCAACAAAUGGAAGAAUCUUAUGGUGCAUUGGGAAGUAUUUUCAGAAACGGUUCUCGUCAUACAUUCUUCUCAUCUCAAGUAUUACGUUAUGCUGAUUUAUAUUCUUUCUCUUGUAUAAAUUUGAUCUACUAUCCUUUAUGUUAUAUGUUUCGUGCACCAGCUAUGCUUAUGCCUCAUGAAUCAACUGUAUCUCAUGGUGAUUCACCAAAAGAUAGUUUUUCCGAUUUAGAUGCUUUACCAUGUGGACUUCGUCGACGUACUAAAAAUGAAAUCACUCCAUUAUCAACGGAUAUCAAUGGUCUUAAUUCUACUUUGGAGAGUUCACUUUAUUGUAAUAAUAAUAAUAAUAAUGCUAUUUAUGAAUCGGAUGAAGAACAGGAUGAUUCAUUUGAUUCUGAUUAAAGGUUAGUGAUUAUUCAUAUUUGUACAAUGAAAUUAAAGGGUAUAUAGUGAUUUAUUUUUCUCUCAAGAAGGUGGUAAAACAAUGACUUCAAUUACAAUUUGAUGUUAAUAAUGAUUGUUCUAGGUAUAAGUUGUUUUUAAUGUUGUAUUUUGUUGUAGUAAUUUUAAAGGAAUUUGUAAUUAUUUUCGGCAUUCUGGAAAUUAUAUUACAUCUAACGUUUGGUGUAUAACUAGUCCUCCAAAGGGUUAGAAGGGUCACAUAUUUUAAUGGUGUUGAAACUAAAGUAGGUAUUAUUAAAGAAAUCUUGGAGGGAAAUAGCUAAAUUUAAAAAUAGGCAUCGGUCCAUGAAAUCAUUGGAUUAGUGUUGACAUUUGGUUUAUGAUCAAAGCUCUAAUCACGACCUACGCAAUAUUAAUUAGAAUCGCUUAUAGCUGUGCAGAUCCAUCCACUCUUUAUAUUUUCUAUAGAAUAUUUUAUUUUACUAGUAUUCGAUUAAAGAUCUGCAUUCAGAACAUCGUUUGUAUAUUUUGUGACCACGACUUUAAUCACAAAAUACUGAGUAAAGAUGGCAAAUCGAUUGCUUAGGUAGUGAAUCUUCACCAGUUCAAGCUGUUGGAAUAUAUUCUAUGUAUCCUUAACAGCUAUCAACUUCGUCGGGUGGGUAUUGUUGUUUUUUGUAGUAGUAGCAAAUAGGAGUAGUAAAGUAUGAAAUUUGAUUUUCUUUGUUCAUAAUUGAAUGAGAUCUGUUAAGUAAUCUCAGUUCUUAUAAGGGCGCUUACAACAAAGAUUAAAUUAUCAUAAGUCGUUUAUUUUUCUGAAACUACGUCUGGUUUACACUAAACUAAUGUGUCUGUCGUUUGUUUAGUCUUAAGGUUAUUAAGUGUUGAUAUUGCGUACUUACCUACCUAGUUGAUAAAUGACUACCAUCUUUGAAGCAGUGAAACAAAAGUUAUUGCUUCAAUGGUUGAGAUCAUGAGUUAAUUCAAGCUAGAUCACCAUAGAAAACCUGAAAGCACUGGAUUGCCGUUUCGUCCUAUUGUCUAACUUCAACCAAUCGACGAAAUUAAGCGACACAUUCACCAAUCUCUUUAGUGAGUUACCAUCUUACAAUAAACCUAGUCGAACUCCACUUAACAGUACAUCUCACUAGAACUUCAGGAUAUACCUCUUGAAGCCAGUCACUAGUGAGCAUAUAUUGUUUAGUAUCAGAAGACGUUUUGUAGAGAUUAUAGUAAUUUCAACAGUUAUAAUCAUGAAUCAAUUGAAGCUAGA